CUACCAAGCAGGGGUUGAUAACCGAUGCUAUGGCAAAAAAUGAAGUCCUAACUGCGGAGGUAAUGUGGGCACUGAAGGUGGCUAAUUCUCAUUAUUCUUUUAAAUCAUCCGAAGAUGCCAGCCUGCUUUUCCAAAGAAUGUUCCCCGAUAGCCAGAUUGCAAAACAAUUUGCUUGUGGCGAAAGCAAAUGCUCGUAUCUCUGCUCGUUCGGACUCGCUCCCCACUUUAAGAGUCUUACGUUGUCCAAAGUGAGGACGCAAAGGGCCUAUGUAAUGCUAUUUGACGAAAGCCUGAACCACCAUUUACAGUCCAAACAGAUGGAUUUGCAUGUGAGGCUAUGGGAUGGCGCCAAUGUGAAGACCAAAUACAUCGGCUCUGAAUUCAUGGGCCAUUCAUCUGCCCUUGAUGUCGUUGGGAAAAUGACCAACCUGCUGUCUGAGAUUGGAGUCAACAACCUUAUCCAAAUCUCUAUGGACGGCCCGAAUGUGAACUGGAAAGUGUUCGAAAUACUCAAAAAAAGAGUGUGCAAAAAGAUGUGGGAAAGUCGCUUGUCAACAUUGGUUCAUGUGGGUUGCAUAUACUCCACAACGCAUUCAGAGAUGGAUGCAAAUCUACAGGUUGGGAAGUUGAACACACGCUCUCCAGCAUUUACUGGCUUUUCCACAACUGCCCUGCUCGUCACGAAGACUUUGUGGCGGCAACUGGUUGCAGCACCAACAUGCUUCGGUUUUGUAACCACCGAUGGAUCGAAAAUGUUAACGUGUCAGAACGAGGAAUUCUGCUCUGGCCGCACGUAAAGGCCUACGUGGAAAUGGUGGGGAAAGGUGAACUACCCAAUCCAAAAGUGAAGUCAUUUAAGGCUCUGAAGGACCGCUGUGCAGAUCCUCUCUUCACCGUGAAAGUGGGUAUCUUCAAUAGCGUUGCAAGAGAGGUCACUCCAUUCCUGACCGCCUACCAAACAGACAAACCCAUGCUUCCCUUCCUCAGUGAGGACAUGUUCAAACUCAUGAAAGGGCUCAUGGGACGAUUUCUGAAGGAAAACACCCUGAGGGAGGCCACCUCCACACUGAAGCUCCUCCAUGUUGCUUUUCAGGACAGCAGUCUGCACAAAGACUCUUCCAAGAUUGACAUUGGAUUUGCAGCAGAAACCACCCUAAACCAACUCAAGUCUUCCAAGAAGAUUUCAGAGAGGCAGGUGCUGGAGAUCAAGAUGGACUGUAAGAAACUCUUGAUCAAUCUGACUGAGAAGCUGCUAAAAAAGGGUCCAGUGCAUCACCAACUGGUGAGAAGCAUGCAGUGCCUUGACCCAAGACGCAUGGCCGUGUCCAAGGAUCUGUGCGUGCCCCAAAUGAGAAGAAUGUUGCACACACUUGUUGAGGCCAAACACGUAGACGAGUCAGUGUGCGAUGACAUCCUCCGAGAGUUCAGUGAGUUUUGUGACACAACUGCUCUUCAGGCCAACUUCAGGGAGUUUGACCCCAAGACAGACCGGGUGGACACCCUCCUGUUCGAGACAAUGGGGUCGAAACCAUAA